AUGAACGACCACAGAGUUUCAUCCCGUCUCUACUCCCCCACCACCCCCCAACUCUCCGAGUUCAAAGACAUCUGCUCGCAAACCACAAACCCAGCAACCUACCCACUAGCCUGCGAAGUCAAAUCCAACAUCCCGAUCUACGACCUCGCCGCCCUCGAAUCCACAGGCCUAACAUCAGACCUAAUCGACCGCCUCCAAGAUGAAUGGCACCACAUCCUGCACACAGGCCCAGGCGUGUACGUCCUACGAUCAAUGUACGCCCCGACAAAAUACUCAACAACCCUAAACACCACCAACACCGCCUAUAACGCGAUCAUCGCCCGCGAAGCCGCAGAAUCAGACAACAAGAAAGGCGACCACUUCGCCGUAGGCGGCACAAACGACCGCAUCUGGAACUCCUUCUCAAAACACGCCCUGCAAGACCCAUCCUCCUUCAUCGACUACUACUCAAACCCAUGGCUAGCAGCAGUUUCCGAGUCCUGGCUGGGCCCAGCAUACCGCGUAACAGCCCAAGUCAACGCCGUGCACCCGGGCGGCGCUGCACAGGAAGCCCAUCGCGACUACCACCUCGGCUUCCAGGAAGAAGUAGCCUGCAAGCGCUACCCGGCUGCGACGCAGCUGACGUCGCAGUUCCUGACGCUGCAGGGCGCCGUCGCGCAUACGGAUAUGCCGGUCGCUAGUGGGCCAACACGGUUCCUGCCUUUUAGUCAGACAUACAAGCCGGGCUAUCUGGCGUGGCGGAAGGCUGAGUUCCGGGCUUUCUUUCAGGAGAGAUAUGUUGCGCUUCCGUUGAGUUUUGGGGAUGGGUUGUUUUUUAAUCCGGCGCUUUUCCAUGCUGCUGGGGAGAAUCAGAUGGAUCCCGAAAAUGGGGGAUUCCGACGCGUUGCGAAUUUGCUGCAGAUUAGUAGUGCGUUUGGGAAGCCUAUGGAGACCGUUGAUUCAGUGCCGCUUGUUAAUGCUACUUGGGAUUUACUGGUUGAGCGGUUCCGGGCUGCUGGGGGCGUUUUGGCGGGUCAGGAACUUGAUCCUGAGACGCAUUCGUUAAAGCAGAGGGAGAUUAGGGCUUUUGUACAGGCUGUUGCGGAGGGGUAUCCUUUCCCUACGAAUUUGGAUCGGAGGCCGCCGGCGCUGAGUGGUAUGGCGCCGGAGAGUGAGCAGGAUAUUGUUGUGCGGGGAUUGGAGGGCGGUUGGGAUAAGAAGCAGGUUGUUGCUGCGCUGGAGCAGAUGCAUCUUGACUCGUGGGCGUAA